AGUUCACUCCGAGGAGGUUUCAUUGGAAGAGAAAGUCGCAGAUUAUCUAGAACAGCGUUUCUCCUCAAGUAGAGCUGUCUAUAGUUUUUGUUUUACCCUAAUAGAAAAAAAACACAACUCUUUGACACAAUGUCUUUUAACAAAGUGAAUGGCUACGGAUUAACAGCGGAAAUAAAAAACAAGAUUGCACAGAAGUACGACGCUCAGAAAGAGGAGGAGCUGAGGGUCUGGAUCGAGGACGUGACCGGCGCUUCCAUCGGGCCCGACUUCCAGAAAGGCCUGAAGAAUGGAAUCAUUUUGUGCACCCUUAUCAACAAACUCUCUCCAGGCUCUGUGAAAAAGACCAACAACUCAACGCUGAACUGGCAUCAGAUGGAUAACCUGACGAGCUUCAUCUCAGCCAUCACAAGGUACGGCCUGAAGCAUCACGACAUCUUCGAAGCCAACGACCUGUUUGAGAACGGCAACAUGACGCAGGUCCAGACGACGCUGCUCGCACUCGCCAGCAUGGCAAAGACCAAGGGCUGCCAGUCGCGGGUGGACAUCGGGGUGAAGUACGCUGACAAGCACGAGCGGAUGUUUGAUGAAGAGAAGAUGAAGGCUGGACAGUGCGUCAUUGGCCUACAGAUGGGGACCAACAAAUGCGCCAGUCAGGCAGGUAUGAACGCAUACGGCACCAGGAGGCACUUAUAUGACCCCAAAGUUCAAAUCCAGCCACCAAUGGACAACACAACCAUCAGCCUGCAGAUGGGAACCAACAAGGGGGCGAGCCAGGCUGGGAUGACGGCUCCAGGGACAAGGCGCGCCAUUUACGACAACAAGCUGGGCACGGACAAGUGUGACAACAGCACCAUGUCCCUACAGAUGGGCUACAGCCAGGGCGCCAACCAGAGCGGCCAGAACUUCGGCCUGGGACGGCAGAUCUACGACUCCAAGUACUGUCCUAAAGCCGAGGAGGUUCCAGAGGAACAAAACGGGGCAGCCGUCGCCCGGGACUACAUCCCAGAUUUCCAAGACGAGGGUUACCAAGGUUACCAGGAAGAAGAGCAGGUGUACCAAGAGGAAGGGACAGAUUACUAGAAGGAAGGAAGGCUGCUGAGGAAGGGAAGGAGAUUGUCUGAAGGACACAGAACAGAAAGAAAAACCCUCAAGGCUCACAGGAUGUUGCACCCUUUUUCUUUGGUCAUAUCCUUUUUUUUAGUAUUGUAUGAAUUUGUUUUGUUACCCUGAUUAGUGCGAAACCAAUGUUACACAUAUCAUGAUGAACUGUAUUUCUGUGAUUUUUUUUUUUUUUUUUUUUGUGUGUGCAUUUAAAGUGACCAUAAAAGCCAAUAUUUUUGGCUUAGCUAGUUUUCUAUCCCAGGGAUUUCUUUUAAAUGUGCCAAAGCCCUACUAUUACUUCUUUUUUUUGCUGACUCAUUAGUUACAUUAAGGGAGAUCCCCAUGGUUUUUGUAAGGGGAACAUGAAACUAAAAGUGAAACAUUAGGGAGUUUUUUUUAAAACCAUUUUUUAAGAACUUGUAUUGAUCAAAACACCGAUGCUUGUGUUUUAUCUGUAAUCGCUGUAUCAUCUGUGUAAGCAACAUAAUUCCUGUGAAUGUACAUUUGUUUGUUACUUCAGUAUCGUCUUCAUGCCCUCAGUAUUGGUCAUUGACUUACAGCAGUGAGCACUUUUGGUUGUUCAGACAGAUGAGGGAGCAAAAUAGUUUUUAGAACAAACUAACCUUUUCAUAUUCUGUUUCUUUUCAUUUCACUUUUUUUUAAUGGUAGAAAUAUUUCCUUUGUUUGUAUAACCAGUCCGACUGGAGUUGAGCUUGUUUUCUUUGGACUGAAGAUGGCGGGGGAGAGGAUACAAUAACACAAGUGAAGUUUUGAACAUUCCAAGCAAGAAUACUGGAUCUGUUUUUUUGUCACGCGUAAUGUGUAAGUUAAUCAGUCUUAAAUAUUGGUUGAUAUGCAAACCAAUCAUACAAUUUAUAUUUGAUCAUUUAAAGAUUAUUAUUUAUGCAUAUUUGGGAUUUGAAUGGGGACCGUUUUGUACCUUGACUCUGAAUAACAUUUGAUAUUGGCCUAUACUUUUUACUCUGGAAUAAUCUUUAUGCCAGUAUUAAAAAGAAAUGUCUGCAUUGAGAAGUAUUUUUUUUUUUGUGAAUACGGUGUAAUAAAGAUUUGCAUUCCUUA